AUGGCGGGCGAUCCAUUCCUAUCUGAUCCUUCAAAGAAGAGAAAGCGUCUGAACAAAGUUACAAGCACAACAAGGACCAAAAAAUCAAAAUCAACCACUCCACAGCCCUCAACGACAACAUCACAAUAUGAUGAAGAGAUAUCAAGCGCCAGUGACACUGAAAACGAACAGUCUGUAGAAGACCAACGACAAGAGGAGGAACUUUCAUCGGAUGAAGAAUUUGCCACUGAAAGUGCUGCUGAUAAACGAAGGAGAUUAGCCAAGCAAUAUCUUGAAAACUUAAAGAAUGAAGAACUACGCGAUUCUGAGGACUUUGAUGCUCAGGAUCUUGACGACGAGAUCUUGGCAAAAAGGUUACAAGUUGAUGUAGCAGAUGCUAAGGGACAUGUAUAUAAGUUUUGGGGUGACAAAAUUUCACAGCAAUUGGAUGGAGAUGAGAUUAAAUUGACAACGACUCGUAUAGGGUCCAAAAAUGUUACUAGCAUGUGCAUCCAUUUCCCGUACCUAUAUACGGUAUCCAAAGAUGUGGAAAUCAUUAAAUGGAAUAUCAAUCUGGGCAAAAACCCCCAAAGGAUAAAGCAUACUAAAGGUGGGUCCAAAUAUUUCACUUUAAAUACAACACAACCUGGAUUGAAUCAUCAUUGGGAGCAGAUUAAUUGCAUAGCAGCUUCCCCUGAUGGAAAGUAUAUUGUAACCGGAGGCUCAGACUCGCGAUUAAUCAUUUGGUCAAGUGAAAACUUGGCGUGCUUGAAAGUUCUUCCCACCAGAUCAGCUGUGAAUUCGAUCGUGUUUAGAAGAAAUACUGAUCAGUUAUUUGCAGCCUGUGCCGACUUGAGAGUAAGAACAUAUUCGAUCAAUCAAUUUACUCAAUUGGAGACAUUGUAUGGUCAUCAGGAUAAUAUUACCGACAUUGCCAGUUUAGCUAGAGAGACUUGUGUUUCUGUUGGAAGUAGAGAUAAAACAGCCAUGUUUUGGAAAAUACCUGAAGAGUCAAGGUUGACAUUUCGCGGAGGUGAUUCAGUUGAAAAGAAGAGAAAGAAGAAGAGCGACGAAGAUGAAGAAAUUGGCAAUGAUGAACCUUUCCAUAGUGAAGGCUCUAUUGAUGUGGUUUCCAUGAUUGACGAAUCUCAUUUCGUGACUGGAUCUGAUAACGGUAAUAUUGCUCUUUGGUCUCUAGCCAAGAAGAAAGCCCAGAAUACUAAAAGAUUGGCACAUGGAUUGCAGCCACAAUUUCAACCACAACAAGCAAGUGCAGAAUUGGCAACUAAUGUAGCCAGUCGACAAAUACCGGCUCCGCAACCGCACUGGAUCACAGCUAUACAUGCGCCAGCAUAUAGUGACAUAUUCUUUAGUGGCUCGUUUGGUGGUACUAUAAAGAUUUGGAAAUUAGACUCCACAUUGAGAACUUUUACUUUGAUUGGGGAAGUGGAGAACUUGCGUGGUUUUGUUGUGAAAAUAGAUAGUGUUGAAAUCCUCGAUACCAAACAAUUGAAGGUGUUUGUUUUGGUUAGUAAAGAGCAUAAAUUUGGAAGGUGGUUUGGUAAAGUGCCUGGUGGAAGAAAUGCAUUAAUUAGUUUUACAUUUAGUAUAUAA